AUGCCGCCAUACUGGCGAGUAUGGAAGGCCCGCGACAGCAAGAGAGAUGUAAUUGUUGCGCUGAAGCAAAUGCGGUUGCUGCCGAAACAAAGUCAUUUAGAAGGCCUCCCUCGAGGAGCACUGAGAGAAAUUACUCUUCUUCAGAGACUCCAGCACCCAAACAUUGUUGAGCUGAUAGAAGUUGCUGUGGGUCCCGACAUAUCUCGCGCUCGUCGCCCCACACCGCAGGAGUUGAGGGAGGAGGGGUCUCUCUUCUGUGGAAACUGCUACGUCUACCUCGUGUUUGAAUUCUGUGAGAGGGACCUGGCGGACCUCGUAGAAGACAGAAAAACUCCAUUUGGGGCAGGAGAAAUAAAAUGCAUCUUGCGGCAGCUGCUGCUUGCGCUUAAUCACCUACAUUUAAACAAAGUGCUGCACCGCGACGUGAAGCUGUCAAACAUUUUGCUAAAUGCUGCGGGGCAGAUUAAACUCGCAGACUUCGGUCUAACCAGACCUCUAUGUCAGCCUUCAGGGCCGCUAACUGAAGGCGUAGUUACACUGUGGUACCGUGCACCCGAGUUGCUGCUGCAGUCGGCGGACUACGGACCGCCUGUCGAUUUGUGGGCAGCCGGAUGCAUCUUCGCUGGCCUACUCACCAACGGGUACCAUGCUACAACUCAUCCUGCUGCUGCUGCUCCUGCUGCUCAUCCUGCUGCUGCUGCUGUUGCUGCUGCUGCUGCUGCUGCUGAUGAUGAUGAUGAUGAUGAUCAUGAUGCUGCUGAUGAUGAUGAUGAUGAUGCUGCUGCUGCUGAUGAUGAUGCUGCUUAUCCUGCUGCUGCUGCUGAUGAUGAUGAUGAUGCUGCUUAUCCUGCUGCUGCUGCUGAUGAUGAUGAUGAUGAUGCUGAUUUUGAUGCUGCUGAUAUUGAUGUUGCUGCUGUUGAUGCUGUUGCUUCUGUUGCUGCUGACGUCUUUAUUUGA